AAGCGCUGAAAGCCUUUGGGCGCAUGCGCUGCUACAGUUCUGCUUCCAUGUCUUCCAGUUCCAAUCCAGGGCAGCAUGCGCAGUUCGGUGAGGAGCUCGUGGAGUUGCGCCGCCAAGCCGGGCUUCAUGGCUAAGCGCGGAGCGGAGGCGUUGGCGUGUCGCGCGCCCUGGGAGAACUUCCUUUCUCACCCGCCUGUGGCCAAGCGCGUGCGGAGCGAUUCGGAACGGAGGGAGCCGCGAUGCGCAACACUCUGGAGCGCGGGCGGCUGCAAGAAAAGAAAACGGGCGGGAGAAGAGCAGGAAGAGGAGGCGGAGGAAAGCACCGUUGGAAAGCGGCCCGCCGCGCUGGAGGCAAGCGGCUUUUGCAAAGAGCCUGGCCUGGCGGCCGCGCUGCAAAGAACCACGCAGCAGCAGCACACGCUGCCCCCUGAGGGGGACGUGGAGGGAGCGGAGAUGGCCUCGGGAGGUGACACGGCAGGUCGUCGGAGCCCCAAGCUGUCCGAGAAGGAUGAAGAUGUUUGGUGCUACAACUCCUUCCAGUACUGGAGAUCUCCGUUACCUACUAUUGACUUGUCUGAUAUUCUGGAUUUAGAAAAAGAUGACACAAAAGAAGCAAGAGACUCCAGCAGUGUUGGCCUUUCAGAAAUGGAAACUUGAGAAAUAACCCAUAGCAAAUCUACUUUACAGAAGUUGAUUUUUGUUAGAUUUUGUUCUUGGUUGGAAAAACAGAAAUGAUACUCUGAAGAUCAAAAAAAUAGGUUUUUAAGUAAGGACCACGUUUCCUUACUUGAAUGGCAAAAGAACUCAUUAAGGAACCAUUGAUGACAGCUGAUGCAAUAUAGAAUGAAGUGAAUGUGAAGCUUUGACUGUGGGAACAUCUGAAAACAGAGUUAUACUGAUAAAAUGAUUUUGCUUUAUAGUCAGUAAAAUGAACAGCGUGGAGUAUGCUAAUGUAUUGUCCAUCACAAGUACACAGUCAGAUAAAAUACCUGUAUUGUCUGCCUAUGUUGCUGGAACAGCUUAACCAAAAAUGAAAAAUACACCCUUCUAUGCAAAAUGAAAAUGUGUGGCAAUUGUUUUCUGCCAAGAAUUGUCACUAUACAAGUUUCCUUAUUAUUUCUGGGAAUAACUUCAACAGUGUAUUUUGUACAAAUGAUGUCAAGAGUUUAGUUCAUUAUAUUUUGGCUUGAGACCAAGCCAACUGUGUGAACUAUGAUGAACUAGCAAACUGGCUCAGAGCAAUGUGAAAUAGUUGGGCACACUACUAAGGGUGAACUGAUGGAAGCUCCAGUCGUGAAAAGGUUUAAAAGUUUGAUUCUUUAUGUACAUUGAUUCUUUAUGUACAUAAUAUGUUCUUUAUGUACUGUAUCAUAUUUUUGUCAGAUACUUGCCUUAGUGUAAUUGGUUUUUAAUAUUUGAUCAACUUUGUUAGUAGUAACUAUUAGAAACCAGAGAACUCAUUUGUGUAUUACAGCUUCAGCCUAUAGCUUCACUCUUUUUAUAAGCAUUUGUUUAAUAAUACACCAUAGCUUUGCUGCCAUAAGAUUUCUCAUAGUGUGUAGAUAUCCUCUAGAUCAAGGGUAUAGCCAGCCGUGGCUCUCCAGAUGUUGUUGAACGACAAUUCCCAUAAUUCCCAGCCACAAUUAUUGUGGCUGCAAAUGUUGGCACUUGUAGUUCACCUAUACCUGGAGACCCAAGGUUGCCUACCACUGUUCUAGAUCUCUGUAUGUUUUUAUUGAGACUUCUAUUUUGGUACUUUUUAUUUUCUUCAUUUUACUGAAUAUUGUACUAGUAAACAAUUUGGCCAAAAACCCCCAUCUUCAGUUUUAACAGGGUAUGGAUUCAGUAUUUGUUUUCUGCCUGUAGAAAGGAAAAUAUGAUGUGAAUCAUGUUACUGUGAAACAUUUUUUCAUUGCUUUUCUAGUGUUCUGUGUGCCCUGCAUCUUUCACUUUUAUGUUGGAACGUAAACCAAUGUACACUGUUUCUGUACAACUAUGAAACGGAGAGAUUAAGCAGAAUCCUGUGUGUGUGAAAAUGUGAAUGCGAAUUUUCUUCCACCCCUAAAGAGAGCAAGAAGCUGUUGCAAUUGGAUAUCCAGCCUGUUCUUCAUUCCUGUUUCCAAGCCUUGGUAUCUUGUGAAGCAUUGUGCAUCUUCUGGCUGUGGGAGGGAAAAGGAAAUGUAGUUCCCCCUUUCCCCAUCUAUGAAUGAAACUGCAUUUCCUCUCCCUACCCCUGCUUUAGAAGAAGAUAUACAAUGCUUCACAAGUAUAAGUCUGUGUGUCUGGCUUAGACAUAGGAAUGGAGAGCAGAUUUGAUAUUCACAUGUAACACCUUACACUACUUAUGGUGGAAAAAUAUUUUGCACAUAUUCCUCCACGUCAGACUGCACUAUUGGAAUAUCUCACAUUUUUGGGUCAGAAAAGGUAAUCCAAAGACAUCUGGACUGGGUUACAUGUUAACAUUAUUGUGUGUCAUUGUUAAUAAUUGAGGGGGAGGUAGAAAGGAAACCAAAGGGGGGAAAUAAGACGAGAUAUAGAAAUGAACUGUGGGAUAAUAAAAGUAACCACCUUUUGACUUUAUAAGCUUACCUCUUGCUCUGCUGUGAACAAUACAACCAUCAUUCUUAGAAUGGGGAAGAAUGCGGAGGAUAGGAGUUAAGUUUCCAAAAAUGUUUUAAGUCAGGGGAAAAAAUGUUAUGUAUGCACCCUAAUUUAGACAUGGAAAAACACAAUGUGCCAGGGUGACCAGGCAAACUGGUUUUUGUGUAGGUGAGAGUUCAUAAGUUUCACCUGAAUAGUAAGAUAGUUGCAAGAACUACAGCUUUGGCUGCAUGCGAAUAAAAAAAGUUCUCUGAAAAUAAUAGCUUAUUUUAUAAAAUAAGGUUGUAGCUUAUUUUGUUGCAGCCUGUUUGAGAACAGAGUCAUUUAUCUGUUCUGUGUACUGUUUACAUUGACUAUGAACAAAUGUAGCUCAGAUUGCCUAUUUCAGAGCAAAGUUUUAAAAUGGGCUCUUUAGGUGGCAGUACAGAUGCACAAUAAACUUGAAAUUCUGAAAUUGUUUUCAUUGGAAAGCUUUUUAUCCUGCACGAAGCUGCUGUUUGAAACGUCAAAGAAAUGACAUGAAUGUUAAUCAUUUCCUUAAUGUGGUAUAUAAACUUGAAACCGGAUCAAGUCACAUGUUCCUGAUUACAAGGUGAUAGUUUCUUCAGUGUAAUUGCAGUACAAAUAUUUCACCAGGGUUUUCAGAGUCCAUCUCUUGUCCCUGUCUCAUUAAAGCUUCAAAGUGUAAGCACAUGGAAAUUUGUAAUCAUUGUUUUUCAGCAUUGUUUCCAGUAGUAGCUAAUGCUAAGCAAGCUUUAUCUGAUUGGAAGGUAGAUGGAAACUUCAGUCUGAAAUCUAGUGGCUGAAGGCUGCAAAAAAUGUUAUGUUUUAGUGAUGGGGAUGAGGAAGGUAAGUAAGCUGAUUUUUCUACUAGUUGCAAUGUUUAGUAUAGGCAAUAUGUACAUUUUGGAAUGUAUAAGCACAUAUAAAGUGUUUUUUAAUAGCUUCACUUUGGAAUAUGUGCUGCUCUUUUCUAGCAGAAGUGCAUUUCAGAUAACCUUUCCUAAUAUGCUUGCUGUGGACAGUUACGAGCUGGAGAAGGAAAUUUUGAAUUGAAAAAUAUUCUUGUGGUGAUAAUGCUAGUUGCAGUUAAAUUUGGCAAAUUUUUCCCUACCAAAAAAACCCCUGUAGAAAUUGAAGCACUAGAACAAGUGAUAGAAAUGUUGACUUUGUUCUUCAAAGCACUCCAUUAGUAAAAAUCUGUUUGAGACUUAGCAUGUGUAUGGAUCUAUCAUUGUGCACAUGGACCCAUAAAGCAGAAAAGAAUUUACAGGAAUUGGAAUUACAAAUUUUGUCAACAAGACUUCAUUAUAAUGUCAAGCUAGUCUAAAUCUAAUGUGAAAAUACUCUUAACUUGAAUGUUUCUCUCCAUAUUUGUAGGUUUUUUUGUUUACCUGUAACAUGUAUACAGUCUGUUAACCUUUUGAAAGAGUUAUUCAAAAAGAAAGUUAACCAGCAGAUGAUUUCCCAGCCAAUUAACUUUCUUAAAAGUAGCAUAUUGUUUAAUGUUCAUUGUUAUAGGCUUUCUGUAAUAAAUGUAUUUUAAAAGUA